CAUUGGCGGCGCGUGCUCUGCUGGGUCUGUCCGAGUUGGCGCGAACGUGCACGCCGGCGCGAGACAAAGAGCAUCCUGCACUCACGAGGAAACUACACCGGUAUCCGGUUAUCAGUCAGGUUUACGAGUGAUAGCUGUCUGUCGAGGCGUUAUGGCUGAUAAAGAAGCUGCAUUUGAUGACGCGGUGGAGGAGAGGGUGAUAAAUGAAGAAUAUAAAAUCUGGAAGAAAAACACCCCGUUUCUUUAUGAUCUGGUGAUGACCCACGCGCUGGAAUGGCCCAGUCUUACUGCUCAGUGGCUGCCAGAUGUCACCAGACCUGAAGGGAAGGAUUUUAGCGUGCACCGCCUGGUUCUCGGCACUCAUACCUCUGAUGAGCAGAAUCACCUGGUUAUCGCCAGUGUCCAGCUUCCCAAUGAUGACGCCCAGUUUGAUGCCUCACAUUAUGACAGUGAAAAAGGAGAGUUUGGUGGUUUUGGCUCAGUGAGUGGCAAGAUAGAGAUUGAGAUCAAGAUUAAUCAUGAGGGAGAAGUGAACAGGGCUCGCUACAUGCCACAGAACCCCUGCAUCAUUGCCACCAAGACCCCCACUAGUGAUGUGCUGGUCUUCGACUACACCAAACACCCCUCCAAACCUGACCCCUCUGGAGAGUGCACUCCUGACCUGCGACUGAGGGGACAUCAGAAAGAAGGAUAUGGUCUGUCCUGGAACCCCAACCUGAGUGGAUGUCUACUGAGUGCAUCUGAUGAUCACACCAUUUGUCUGUGGGACAUCAGCACAGUGCCAAAGGAGGGAAAAAUAGUGGACGCCAAGACCAUUUUCACUGGUCACACGGCUGUAGUGGAGGACGUGUCUUGGCACCUGCUGCAUGAGUCUCUCUUUGGGUCUGUUGCAGAUGACCAGAAGCUGAUGAUCUGGGACACACGCUCCAAUAACACAUCCAAACCCAGUCAUGCAGUAGAUGCCCACACUGCAGAGGUCAACUGUUUGUCCUUCAACCCCUACAGCGAGUUCAUUCUGGCCACCGGUUCUGCUGACAAAACCGUUGCAUUGUGGGAUCUGCGAAACCUGAAGCUGAAACUUCACUCAUUUGAAUCGCACAAAGAUGAAAUCUUCCAGGUUCAGUGGUCACCCCAUAAUGAGACCAUCCUGGCCUCUAGUGGAACAGACAGGCGACUCAAUGUCUGGGACCUCAGUAAAAUUGGUGAGGAACAGUCACCAGAAGAUGCAGAGGAUGGACCUCCAGAGCUACUGUUCAUCCAUGGAGGCCAUACAGCCAAGAUUUCUGACUUCUCCUGGAAUCCAAAUGAACCGUGGGUGAUUUGCUCUGUAUCUGAGGACAACAUCAUGCAAGUCUGGCAGAUGGCAGAGAACAUCUACAAUGAUGAGGACCCAGAGGGGGCAGCAGACACUGAGGUUCAGGGAUAAAACAGCUCUUUAUACCACCACACUCUCAGCAUAAGACAAAACUCUUCUAAAAACUGUCUGUCUACACACAAGUGAAGAACUUAAGUGCUCUCCCCAAGUAAUGGAAAAGGACUUUCCCCACCAAGCAUUUUCUACUACUAUGUUUAUAGAGUAUUUUUCUAA